AUGAGCUACAACGAUCUGGAGACAGUCCCAAGCGGGCUAUUAACGAUGUCUUCUUCGUGGAAAGCACUUGACUUUUCGCAUAACAACAUUUUGGGCAUACCUUCAGGUAUUCAGAAAGCUAUUGCGGAAGGUUACAUCUCGUUUGACUAUAAUGCGUUGGCGGAAAUCGAGGAGGAAGCCAUGGCUGGCGCCUCAAAUAUACAUGAGCUUCGACUAGCUUCUAAUUGCAUCUUCACGGUCAACUCCAGAGCAUUUGCGGGAAUGUCGGCGCUGAGAAUAUUGAAUUUGCGAGACAACGUCAUUUCUGUUAUCGAUGAAGAGGCAUUUGAGGCUGUAGACGGACUCAGAGACCUUAGGCUAGACGCCAAUAACAUUCAUCGAUUAACACUAUCGUCGGUUCCGACUAGCUUGGAGCGCUUAGAGCUCCAAGACAACCUAAUGGACCUCAUGCCUAACUUCCCUGAUGAUUUCAAGGCAUCACGCUUGGUGUAUCUAAAUCUGAGCCACAACUAUUUAUGGUCAAUCUCAACGAAUGAUGCGCUUCAUCCAUACACUGGUCUCGUAACUUUGGAUUUAAGUAACAAUCGAGUUGUUAACUUCAACGCCGCUGUGUUUGAUCCGAUCAUGUCAACCAUCAAAUCCAUGAAUUUUGACUCCAACCUUAUUACUUCCAUUCCCACUACAAACUUCAUAGCAUUGGUGAAGAGGCUACUUACAAACGUCUCUUUAGUGAAUAAUCCAGGGAUUGGCUUGUCUUCAGACGUGGCAAUGCGCAAUGACUGUCCAAACGGCAGUGUCUUUGAGGAACUCGAUUUAUCGUCCUCACCAAGAUCAGGAUCUGCAAACACAGUAAACCUAUUUGGAUGCAUUCAGUGUGUUGCGGGUACUUUUCACAACAACUCCACAGGAACUUGUGUGGCAUGCAGUGAAGUCUCGUCUCGUGCUUAUUCUGAGGAAGAUGGUGCAAUUGUAUGCCAGUACUGCCCGUACUCUUCAGACUUGGAACCCGACCGAACGAUGUGCAAAGACUUUGCUUGUAACAUUUUGUGCUGGCUAACGCUAUCGAUGGGAAUCGCGAUUCCAGGUAUAAUUUUCGCCAGUAAGUUCUUGUUGUGUCUCAUCAUGAAAAGCUCAAAGCGUACGCGCAAGAUGGACAUCAAGGAGCAAGAGGCAAUGAAUGACUGGCGCAUGGAACUGAUGAUGCACCAAUUGGCUGAGCACACGAGUCCAAGAAGCGAUGAUGAGGUCGACGAAGAAGCAUCUGAACAUGGCAAAGUGCCACUUCGCAUUUAUGAUCUUCCCGAAGAAACGAAAGAUAUUGUAGUAAGCACUCUGCGGGAACACUUUCAGAUUCAAAAAGAGAAGCGAUGGCGUGCGCUUCCUUUAGACGAGCAAGAGGCUAUGAGUGAAUGGAAUGAUGUCGAGUGGGAAACAUUUCAUAUGCACCGUAUUCUUAGCCGUAGCUACCAUGGUGAGAUCUUUUUGGGAGACUACUGCGGCACACAGGUGGUCGUGAGGCGCAUGAUGACACUUCGUUUUGAGGUUAAGGAACUUGCUGAUACUAUCAAUGAUGUGGAGCUAGCAAACUCAUUGCAUCACCCUAACAUUGUUGCUUGCCUGGGUACGAUGUGGUCAGAUCCGGAGCACUUAUGUGUCAUUUCUGAAUACGUAAAAAAUGGUGAUUUGGCAGCAGUGCUCGAGGUGGACGGACUGGACUGCUCAAAUAGAUACAAUUCACCGUUGUUAGGAACAUUAGCGUCAUUUCCACCCGAACAAAUCUUUGGUGAGGAUAGCGAACACAAACAGGCACAAGCCAUGGUAUUUGGGCUAUCAAAGGGAUCACUUACAACGCGUUUUCAAAUGGCUGUUGAUAUAUGCAAGGCGCUUGUCUACUUGCACAACAUGGGUAUUUCACACGGUGAUUUGCGAAGUCGGAAUGUCCUGGUGACGGAGAUGUUUCGGUGCAAAAUUGGCGAUGUUCGUCACAACAGUCGAGACGACAAGUAUCAUGCAACACACAUCCUUCUUGUUGAGGGUUCAACCGAUCAGGAUUCCGACUCGGACGAUCAGGAUGGAGUAAACCUGGAAAGCGUUCGGUUUCUUCAACCACAAAGACAAGAGUCCCGAAAGCAACCCAGGCUCACUCUGCCGCUAGUGGCACCAGAGGUGCUACAUCACAACUCGCGGCACCUUCAUGCUGACAUUUACAGCGUCGGGAUCCUGCUUCUCGAGCUUUGUUUUCACUCGCGUACUGCCAUCCAGAACAAUAGGACAAACGAUGAUUUCGAGGCCCGAAGUCGAACGAGAAAGCUGCGACUUACUAUCGAUGACGAAGCAAAAAGCGGGACUACUACCAAAGAAGAAGCGGUAUUUCUUAGAACAGCCUGUACCAUUCAAAAGAAGAAAGAGCAUAAUGCUGCUAUGCAUCACUUCAUGAGCAAGUUACGCAUGCUUGCGAACGUUGGCAGUUCUGAUGCUAAAGCAGACGAGAGCAGUUUCGGCACUACGGCAACAUCUUCUGCUAUUUCACUGACAAUAUCGCUAUUAUCAUCAAGUGCGUAUGUCGACAAAUUGUCUCGGGCUAUUGAAGAUUGUCUGCAAAGCGACCCGAAGAAGCGACCAACUGCAAAGAAGCUGAUGGAUCUCUUUCAGUCUUUCCUCGAUGAGAUAAGCGCUACAUAG